AAAUGAGGAUUUCUUAAUGGUCAGCCUUUACGAAUCACAUCGAGAGAUUGAAGAAAAGGAGAGAGACAAAGUGGAGCACCGAGGAGCAGCGACACCGUUCAAGCUGUUUUUUGACCCUAGAAAAGAUUUUGGAGUGGAUCUGCUGGUCCGGUUUGGGCUGGCUUUGUUAACUUAAAAACGGCUCCAAGGACAGAACCUUGUGAAAAAAUUAGAAGGGGCAAAGAGUAUAUGCAAGCUUUUCCUAAAUUCUUGAUUGCAUCCCCUUCAUUUCACGGUGGUCGUGGUGCCCUACCUUCAGCUGGUGGGCAUCCCGCAGAUCUUACAUUCCUUGCUGGUGGUGGGUGCUGAACUGCUGAUACAAGCGUCUUUAAAGUUGCGAGUGGAGCUAUAGUUGUUGGUUUAGGACUGCUUUUAUAAGAUGGUUUCAGUGAAAUGGCUUGAAGAUAAAAACUUUCGAACAAAGAGUAGAAAGUCUAAGCAGCUAGAGCAUUCUUGCUUGUUUCUUCAAGGUAUGGAUUUCCCUAUUUACAACUUUAGUAGUCAAUCUCUUGAGGAAAACACUUCAUUUGAAGGUAUGUCAUGCAUCACUGGGGAAGAACAAAGUAUGUUGGAUGCUGUUCUGCUAUCUCAGUGGGAAGACCGAAUGUUGAAAGGUUAUUUCAAAUAUGACGUCACAACUUCAGAAAUUAAGGUCAUUACUGGAAAGAUGAAGUUUCUUUCUCAAUUGAAUGAAGGGCAGAUAACAGAUCAUCAGUUCAAAUCUGAGGGAAAAAAACUCCAUGAGUUCUAUCCUCUUGUAUUUGACUGCAUGAAACACCCAGAGGAACUACUCUUUUGUCUUGCUAGCAGUAAGAAGGCAAAAUCUGAGCUUACUCCUUCAGCUGAUGUGCCUGACAGUGCCGUCUUAGUGAUCAUCAAUGUAACUCCUGUUGAAUAUGGGCACGUCUACCUGGUACCUUGUUUCUCAAACAAACUUUAUCCGUUCCUUGAUGCGAGAUCUAUUGAAAUAUCCACAAGGCUUGCUGCAGAAAUUAAUAACCAAUCAUUUCGCAUGUUUUAUGAUUGCUAUAGACCUAAUUUUUCUGCUGUAUAUUUUGAGGCUUGUUACCUUCCUCACCCUCUACCUGUGGAAUUCAGGCCUGUAAGUACUUUCUUUGGAGGUGGUAGGAGAGGGAUUCACAUAUGUUCUAUCAUAGAUUAUCCUAUUAAAACCCUCUCUUUCACGACCACCCAUAAUCUCAAAAUACUGGCGGCAGCUAUUUCUGAGAUAUGUUCCCAUUUAGAGGAAAAGAAUGUUCAAUAUAAUCUGAUGAUAUCUGAUUCUGGCAAAAGGGUUUUCUUGUUUCUUCAGAAAACUUGUGCAGCCUCUCGUGCAAUCUCAGCCUGGGAAUGUGGGGGUUACUUCUUGUAUGCAGAUAGGUAUGAAUUUGAUCAAGUUACUGAGGACGCCAUGCUUAAUCGACUGAGCAGUUUCUCCCUUGACGAUUGUGACUUUGAAGCUGUGAAGCAGCUUUGUUGCAGCAUUGCCAGUAAAUUCGAUGUUUGAUCUAAAAGCUUAUGAAUGCAUGUUUAUAUGGUGGAA